CAGAGUAAUCAUCAACAUCCACAACAUUUCCAGACUAGCUUUCCCAUUCCUUCUUACUAAUUGCUUUCUUGCGCCGGCCGCUUGUUUAAUCAGCUCAAACUUCAUCACGCUCAACAGCAAUCUUCAGACCUUCCUUAUCAACAACUUUUAAUACCUUUUAAGUCUUCCAACCAAUCAAUCAAAAUGCGUUACUCCAUCGCCUUCGCCGCCGCUGCUCUUGCCAGCUCCGUCUCCGCCCACGGUGUCAUCACCCAGGUCCAGGGCGCCAACGGUGUCAACAUGCCCGGUCUCUCUGCCAUCGACGGUACUCCCCGUGACUCCGGCAACCCGCUCUCCGGCUCUGAGGCCGAUACCUCCAUCAUCCGCGCUAAGGAGAUGGGCGGCAAGGCCUCUGCUCUCGGCCGCACCCAGGGUGGCGGUCCCGUCGAUGCUGCUGCUGCCAUCGCUACCUUCAUGGGUACCGGUGCUGCCGGUGGCGCUGCCGCCGCCAACAAGCGUGGUCUCCUCGAUGCCCUCACUGGUGGAGCUGGUGGUGCUGGUGGUGCUGCCGCUGCCGGUACUAAGACCGCCAAGGGUACCACUGAGCAAGGUGUUGCCGCUGCUGCUGGCCAGGGUGCUUCCCAGGGCCUCCCUACCACCUCCGAUGACGGCACCAUCACCAUGACCUUCCACCAGGUCAACCAGGACGGUGCCGGUCCCCUGACUGCUCAGAUCGAUGCUACCUCCGGUGGUACCGACCCUGCUGCUUUCCAGGACGCCACUGUCACCCAGGAUGUUCCCGGUAUCGGUAUUGGUGGUCUCUCUGCCGCCUCUGUCAUGGACUUCCCCGUCAAGGUUCAAAUGCCCCAGGGUAUGACUUGCCAGGGUACCGCCGGUGGCGCCCAGAACGUCUGCAUCGUCCGCAUGCAGAACGCCGCUCUCGCAGGCCCCUUCGGUGGCUCCGCUGCCUUCACACAGUCCACCGCAGCCAAGAAGCGCGCCGUCGAGUACAACCUGCGCAAGCGUCACAUGGCCCGCGGUAUCCUCGGUAAGCCUGAGUAAGCCAUUCACUCAUCUGGAGUGCACUGGUUGGGAGAAAGUAUGGCGGUUGCUGGGCAAUCUAGAAUAUGAGCUGAUAGAGGGCUAAGCUACCUACUAGAGG